AGGAUACUGGGUUCUUCGUUCUACGUAGGCGCUAGUGGGAUUCCCUGCGGGCCUGGAGGAGCAUCCCUCCUCCGUCCCUCCCGCGGGUCCCUUCGACUGCGGCCUGACAGAUCUCUGCCAGCGCAAGCCCGGGUCCCUCAAUCGCACGUUUUGGGCCUGGCCCUCCGGGGCCGCACCGCGCGGCGCCCCGAAGGCCCCGAGGACGUGCAGCCUGAGCUCGCAGUGUGCACGCGCAAGUGCGCGCGGCAGCACCCGCGGUGCGAACAGCAUUGAGAAACCACAAGAUGGACACGAUUCUACUUCCUGCAAUAAUCUGUUCUACCUGAGGAAUUGGAAGGGAAAAGCCAAGGGAUGUAAUUAACUGCCCCACCUUCUCUGCGCUCUGCCCUUCUCCAAAUGCGGAUCCUCAAGGGGGAGGAAAGGAUGCCUGCUGCGCGAGGGAAGUCCAGGUCCAAGGUGCCAGUGACAUUUGGGGAUUUGGCCAUCUACUUCUCCCAGGAGGAGUGGGAAUGGCUGAGCCCCAUUCAAAAAGACCUGUAUGAAGAUGUCAUGUUGGAGAACUACCAGAACCUGGUCUCUGUCGGACUUUCCUUUCGGAGGCCAAAUGUGAUCACCUUGCUGGAGAAAGGGAGAGCGCCUUGGGUGGUGGAGCCAGUGAGGAAGCGCCGGGGCGCGGACUCAGGGUCUAAAUGUGAGACCAAGAAGUUACAUCCAAAUCUGUGCAACAAAACUGGGCAAAGCAUCUAUCAGAAACCAGUUUCUGCUUCACAGAAGGUUCCCACCGGAAAGAGGGGCUGCAAGAAGAGUUCCGUUCUGAUAAAACCCAGGAAGGUGCAUUCGGGGAAGAAAUCUUUAAAAUGUAAUGACUGUGGGAAAACCUUUGGUCAAAGCUUAUCUCUUAAACUUCAUCAGAAAUCUCAUACUGGAGAGAAGCCUUAUGAAUGCAGUAAUUGUAGAAAAGCUUUCAGACAGAUUUCAUCCCUCAUUCUUCAUCAGAAAAUUCACAACGGAAGGAAAAGCUAUGAAUGUGGUAAAUGUGGAGAAAGCUUCAUUCAGAGAACAUCUCUUAUUCUACAUGGGAAAGUUCAUAAUGGGAAGGAAAUCUCUGACUAUGGGAAGGCCUUGAGUCAGUGUCCACCUGUCAGUGUGGGUCAGAAAAUUAAUUUUGUUGAGAACAUCCACCAGUGUGGAAAGUGUGGAAAAGACUUCAUUCGAAUGUCAUCCCUGUUACUUCAUAAGAAAAUUCACAGUGGAAAGAAAAGAUAUAAAUGCAAUAAAUGUGGGAGAGGCUUCAAUAAGAAAUCAGCCCUUGUUAUACAUAAAAGAAAUCAUACUGGAGAGAAGACCCAUGACAGUGAGAAGGCCUUAAGUCAGAGUCCACAGCAGAAAAGUCACCAUUUAGAGAAUCCUUAUAAAUGCAGAGCAUGUGGAAAAUCCUUUAAUAGGAUUUCAUCCAUUAUGCUUCAUCAGAGAAUUCAUAUGUCAAAGAAAACCUAUAAAUGCGAUAAAUGCAAGAAGGUCUUCAGGCGGUUUUCAACCCUUAUUCUACAUCUAAGAAUUCAUAAUGGAGAGAAAUUGUACAGAUGUAAUAAAUGUGAGAAGGUCUGUAAUCGGCAUUCAUCCCUUAUUCAACAUCAGAAAAUUCAUACAAGGAAAAAGAAACUGUUUGAGUGUAAGGAAUGUGGAAAGAUGUUUUCUGGAACUGCCAACCUUAAAAUACAUCAGAACAUUCAUUCUGAAGAGAAACCUUUCAAAUGCAGUAAAUGUAGUAAGGUUUUUGGCCGACAGUCAUUUCUUAUUGAACAUCAGAGAAUUCAUACUGGAGAAAAACCCUAUCAGUGUGAGGAAUGUGGAAAAGCCUUCAGUCACCGAAUAUCUCUUACUCGACAUAAGAGAAUUCAUACUGAAGAUAGACCGUACGAAUGUGAUCAGUGUGGGAAGGCCUUCAGUCAGAGUGCACACCUUGCCCAACAUGAAAGAAUUCAUACUGGAGAAAAACCAUAUACGUGCAAAACAUGUGGGAAGGCCUUUAGUCAACGGACAUCCCUUAUUCUGCAUGAAAGAAGUCAUACUGGAGAGAAACCAUAUGAAUGUAAUGAAUGUGGGAAGGCCUUUAGCAGUGGUUCGGAUCUUCUUCGGCAUCAGAGAAGUCACUCUUCAGAGAAACCGUAUGAAUGCAGUAAAUGUGGGAAGGCAUAUAGUCGGAGUUCAUCCCUGAUUCGACAUCAGAGUACACAUUCUGAAGACAAAGCCUAAGUCUGUUUUAAAUAUGUGAAAGCCUAGAGUGAGGCUAUCAGAGGAGCAGAGACCAAGGCAUUGGAAAAUGCACUUGUCUGUAACAUAAGUUUUGUAAAAAUGGGACCGUUUGAUGAUGUGUCCCACUUUGAAAGCCAAAGAGCAGAAGUCAUGGGUGACUCUGACCAGAUGAUUUGUGAUCAGCUGAGUCAGUGACCUUAUCACAGGUCCUAAUUUCAAAGUAGCAGACUCAUAUGAUUUGAUCAGUCAUUUUUAAUGAAUACCACUCUUCGUGUGAUAAGAAUUACUGAUAUUUUAUUUCCAGUGUAAUUGAAAGCUGUUUCAUUAGUCACACACAGCAAAGUAGAACUACAGAGUCCAUAUUUGUGGAUGGGGCUUUGAGCCUGAUUUAAGGUCACAUGAAGAAUGAGUUUAAGUUGGUCUCUUAGGAUUGGAACUAUCACAUGUUAAGAGAUUUCCUGGGCAAACCAGGGUGCGACUUCCAGCUGGCAGAAAAUUAUGGGUGAGAAAAUAGUGAGUCUUCAGGUGGUUUAAAGAUAGUCCUCAUAAUUGUGUGAAUCCGUUGAGUCAUUGCCAUAUUGUCUCCGAAUGAAGAUGUGAUAUUCAUCGUGUGAAAAAUCUGACAAGCCUGAGACAAGCCGAUGGGAAAAAAGAAAGCAGAGAAAUGAGAAGUUAAAAGCAGGGAGUAAUUAUUUGUU